AUGUCCACAAAUCAUGAUGUUUACAAACUAUCACCAUUAUUAUCUAAUGAGUCAAUAGAUUUGAAAAUGCGAAAUCACGAAAAUAAUUGGUCAACAUUAAAUAAUCAUGGUUGUACAUGGACAUCUAAUUGUAACAUUUCUAUUGUAUCUGAUACAAGCAGUAUUUAUACAACAGAAUAUUACAAACCAAUUUCAUCUAAUACAAGUAAUUCAUGUCCAAUUCAAAUUCAUGAUCAAUCUAGUUCAGUACUAAGUGAAUAUUUCUAUAAUAGUUCAAAUAUAUUUCAAUCAUUAAAAAAUAUCAAUACAUCAUGUAUUAAUACAUAUAACAACAUUAAUGGUGAUCCACUUGAUUAUUCUAUACAUUCUUCAAUCGAUAAUCUUAAAGAUCCCAUAUUAACAUUAAAUAAAUCUCAUAUUCAAUUACAACCAAAUUAUAUUCAACCUUCAAUCAGUCAAAAAAAUCAAGAUAAUAUUCAAUCAUCCUGUAUAUUGAAGAAUACAACAAUAAGUUCUCCCAUGAAUACAGAAACUACCAGCGGACGAUUAUUAAAACGUAAAUAUUCUAAAAAUAUUUCAAAUUUAUCAAAAAAAUAUACUGAAAAACAAUUAAAAACAGAAAGUAAAAAUGAUACCGGUUUAAAUCAUCCUGAUAUUAAUAACUGUGAUAAGAUUAUUGAAGGUAAUAAUAAUAGUACUAAUACUACUACUAAUAAUAAUACUGAUAAUAAUAAUAAUAAUAAUAAUUGUAAUGUUAUUCAAUUUAAUAAUAAUCAAUUAAUUACAACUAGUAUCUCUAAAGAAACUUAUUUGGUUACUAAUAAUACAUAUAAAAAAACCAAUUCAAUAUCAAGAAAAAAAUCAAAAAUCAAUAAUGAUAAUCAAAUCAAUAAUAAUCAUGAACUAAUCAAUAAUAAUAUAUCAACAAUAAUUCCUACUACAAUGGAUUAUUCAACAACUAAAAAUAUAAAUAAAAAUAAAAUGAAUACUAUUAGUAAUAAUAAUAAUAAUAAUAAUAAUAAUAAUAAUGUAACAAAAAAAACUAACGAUUGUCGUGCAGCUUAUAAAUAUUUAACAUGGCGUGAAAAAGAUCGUAGACGAAGAUUUCGUGAAGAAUGGAAACAUUUAUGGCUUGUUAUACCAUAUGGACUUUAUGAAGUCAUGUGUCUUGUUUGUCAUAAAGUGAUGACUCAAAGAAAAGUGGAUACGAUCAAACGUCAUACUGUUAGACGACAUGUGGAAUUAAUAGGAAUGUCUGAUUCUGAAAGGGAAAAAUUAUUUGAUCAAUUAAUUAAACAGUAUACUAUGCUUAGAGUCACUAACUACAAUUCUUCUAACGAUGUACCUAAUAAGUUGCAUCAGAAAUCAGAUUGUCUUUAUCAAACUGACUCCACAAAAAACUGUGAUGAACUUUCAAAUGUGAAAGCAUCGAGUGAAGUUUUGACAAACAAUUUAAAUAAUACUAAUACAUGCCUAUUUGAACAACAUUCUGUUAUGAAUUGUUUAAAAAAGAUCGAUACAAAGAAUAACAACUCAAUGAAUAGAGAGUCAGAUUUUCAACACCUACUGACGAAACAGGAUAAAAAGUUAAAUUGUAAAAGUUAUCAGACAGCGAACACAAUCCCAAGAUACUCUCGGAACUCCUGUUCUAAAAAAUACAAAAGCUUACCGGAAGUUAAACAAGAUAGAAGUAUUAUUGAAAAUUUAGAAGAUUUACCAACAAAUAUGCCUGAAAAUUGGGAUGACCCCUCAAUAUUUGAGGAGAAAUCGUUUUCUUUACGAAAAUCUUUUAUAGAUACACCAAGACAUCAUUGUGAUAGAUUAGAACAUCCCUAUAAUAAAGAGAGCUUCCAUGCUGGAAAAUUAGGUUCAAAAGUGAUUCCUUCAAACACUAAUUCAAUGAUCCCUCCAUUUUCACCAUUUUCUACAGUUGUUCCAAUAUCUAAAUGUUCUUCAUGUACAUAUCCUUCUGAGUCAGAGAAUUUUCAUAAUUUCUUGAAAUCUUAUGUCUCAAUGAAUUCUCUCUUGUCAUCACCAAACAUACCAACUUCGUCAAUAUCUUCAUUAAUAAUGCCACAGAUAUUUCCCACAUUUAACAGUUCAAAUAGGUUAUCAACCAGUAUGAAAUCAACAUCAAGUUUAUAUACAAAUAGUGACAUUAGCUGUCAUACUGGGAGUAACAAUAGAGAUAAUAAUAAUGAUAGUGAUAAAUCACAUCAAAAUCAUCAAUUGAGUUCUACAGAAAAACAGACAACAAUAAAUGAUUAUCGUAAAAGAUCAAAUCACUUAUUAGAAUCUUCAAUAAAUACAGAGAUGAGUCUCACAAAUUCUAUGUUAACUAAUAAUAAUAAGAAGAAUAUAAAAGUUCCAUAUACGCAACAAUACUCAACUCAAAAUAUUUAUGAUGAUUCUCACUAUAAAUCGGUAUAUUCAUCAAAUUUACAAAUUUCUUCUAAUCCGAGUAUUCCAAGAUCUCUACCAUUUACGAUGUCCACUUUCAUGACAGAUUUCUCAAAACACGAAACAGAUGAUGGGAUAUUUCCAAAAACGCCGGAAUCUAGACCACAUACUUUAGUAAAUAAGGGAAACUCUGUACAUAUGUCUAAUCCAGAAUUUUUUAAUGAUUGCCCUAAUAAUCACAAAAUAUCAGAUAGGAAAACCGACUUUAUUUCAAGAAAGGAAGAUCAAGUACUAAACCCAUCAGGAACAAAAUCAAACUGUAGAAGUAAAUCAAAUUCAGGUUCUAAACAAUUCACCAUUUCAUCUUUACUGAAUAUCGAAAGCUUGUCUUCACAAAAUAAGACAUCGUUGACAACACAUCAUGACGAGUUAAUCCCUGAUAUUCAAAAGAAGGAUACAAUAUCACUAGGGUAUGACUACCCUAAUUGGUCUACCCAAAAUCCACAAGAAAAACGAGAAUUAGAACAAUUUCCUAUCUCAUGUGUUCUUUGUAAUUCGGAAUCCGUAAAUAAUUGUACUGAUGAUGCAAGAAAACAAUUUAUAUCCAAUGUACCAAGUGAGGAUAAUUUAUUCAGGACCAACAAUGACUCAUUAGACAUAUCAAUAACAAAACAAGUAGAUGCAUUCAAAGAAAGACAGUCCGCUUUUUCAAGUCCUACAGGACUGUCUAAUGUUUCAGUUCAUCGUAAAUUAUUAGAGCAUUAUACUAGUAUACCUGAAUUAUAUCAAUCGUAUACUGACAUUUUUCAUUUGAUAUACUGUUUAAAAAAUCAAAUACCAAUUAACUGUUUGUCGAAUUCCAAUAUUUUCCACAAUCAAAAUUUGGAAACACUUGGAACCUAUAUGAAGUUAUAUUAUCUUGAACUAUUACGACACCAUUAUGAUGUACCAAGUACAGAUCUUUCCACUCAAAGGAUACCAACAACAUUAUGCUCUUAUAUACAUGGAGAAAAUGAAUUAGUCAAUUAUAAAAAAUGUACAAAUGAACUUCAAAAGUCACCUAUUAUUGAUUGA